AGCAGUGGCAACACAAGGAGCAUAUAAACCUCCGCCGUGACACCGCCGUGGCACAACACGAUGGUUGUCACGGCCACGACUGUAGUCUUCACCGCCUUCCUCGCCGCGAUAGUCGCAGGUGAAAACUGUGAGCUGAAUUUGCAAACUCAGACCAAUUCAAAGAAAGAGCCUUUAAUACUAGAUGUUUCCAAAACAAGAGAUGGAAGACCAAGCCCUCACCUGGUUUAUCCUAGUGUGAUUAAAGUUGAUGACAAGACCUAUCAAGGUGUUAUCCGAGUUUCUGAUGGCAAGGAACUCAUGGUAGCAUGCAUGGGAGAAGACAAUCAGCUAGAGAUUUCCCAAACAGAAACAGAUUAUGUGAAAUGCUCAAAUGGCCAACUGACCAUACAAGGACAGCCAGCCGAUGAAGAUACCUUGUCUUGCCACAAAGAUGUGUCCAGAUCCUGGAUUGAAAAAACUGAGGAAAUUUGUGGGAAAGGAAACAGCAAGGGGACCAAGUUGGAAUUGGGAUUCAAGCUAAAUGAUGAUGAGCAAAAUACAUUGUUUCCAUUGGUGGAUGUGUGCCACAACAUUCAAAAAAUGGAAUCAUACUACGCUCACCAUGAACUUCAUGGGGAAUCUCUAAAAGGAGCAGUGCAGUCUAAACUACGCAGGCCAUUUUCUGAAGGACCAAAAAAAUUGCAUUUGUUCUCUGGAAUAAACGCCGAUAAAGCAUAUUCUAAAUCAAGUCAAACGAUAGCCAUUGAUGCUAUCCUGGGGAAAGGUGAAGGCAAGAGGUAUGUGAAUGAAACGGUGUUCUUGGCCAGAGGUCAUCUGGCCCCUGAUGCUGACUUCAUCUUCAACACAGGCCAGCAAAUGACAUACUACUUCAUCAAUGUCGCGCCUCAGUGGCAACCCUUCAACGCUGGCAACUGGCUUCAAGUCGAGAGCACUGUCAGGAGUUUAGCAGUCAAGGUACAAGCCUCUUUGAAGGUGUGGACAGGUACAUACGGUGUACUCAAACUGGAGAACAAACGAGGAGAAGAAAAGGAGAUUUACUUGGAUCCCAAGGAAGCCAGGAAACCUAAACCCCAAAGGAAGAACAGCAAACCUAAGCCAAAUGAAGAGCCUGAAGAUGUAGAUCAAGGAAAUUAUUUGCCAGUGCCUGAGGUUUACUGGAAACUUGUGCAACAUGGUGAGUCAUGCACGGUUGCUGUUGGACACAACAAUGUCUAUCUAAAAACAGAGCCUACUCCAAUCUGCAAUGCUAUAGAUGUUCGUGGUUGGCCCGAGCUGAAAGUCUUAUCCAAGGGAUAUACCUACUACUGUGAAUAUGAGAGCUUCAAGAAAACUGUAUACUACGUUCCUGACAUUGAAUGUACAAGCCCGCUUGAAUUUCCUCAAUAAUGAAAUACAAAUAAUUUCAACAUUUUAAAACAA